AAAAAAUUCAGUUGUAUUUAUAUCACAGUACAGUCUUAUUACAACAAUGUUAAAACAAUCUCUCCACAGAUUGUAACAGAUCUUUUGACAGCAGCCAUGUGGGAAAUCAGAUCAUGAAGCUGUAAGACAGCUGACCAAAAUGUCUGACCUGCCAAAAAUCCAUCCAAUCAAACUGCCAGAUUGCUGAUCAUUUGGGCAAUUAACCAGUGAGUAACCUCAAAAUGAACGUCACAUGACAAACGAUCAGGAAGAAAUUUGGUCUGAUUCUCGAAUUGACAAAUUUAAAGUAAAAAUCAUGCUUUAUCUGUACAGUAUCUGCCUAGCCUGACUGAAACACAGCCUGACUGAAACACAGGGAUGCCCUGCAAAAAAGUUGAACCCGGUUCAACUUUUGUCGCGACACAGCACAUCAUCAUCCAGCAAGGUGCCGCCUUGGCCAAUGCAGCAAUUUCUGGUAGAUUACUUUGUAACAUGAACCGCAUAUUUCUACUGUUUACCUUGCGGUUGUUGCAAUGAAAGAUAGAAUAACUGGCCUAACAUAAGAUUAUAAACCUCUGUGCAGUGUUUUGGCUUAAGGCUUCAACCUCGUGGAUCUGUUUCUCAAACUGCACCUCUUGGAUUGUAUUUCAUGUCCCACCAGUACCAGAGACAGCAUGCCCCCCCAACACAGGCCCAUGUGUUGUUUUAACACAGGGCUGUUUUCAGUCUGAAUACCUGCUAAGACUUCAGCAUGUCCACAUUAAGCCAGCUAAAUUUGAAAACACAUCUUUUUCUCUCUGUUUCAGCCCUCGGUCCACACUAAAACUGUAUUUUUCUGAUCCAAAAACGGAACAUUUCCAAAGGUAUCUCCAGAGUAGAUGAAUCUUAAGUCAGGAGACCCCAACUUUUUUGGAAGUGCAAUACUAAAUCCCGUGAUGUGCCCCUUUAACAUACUCCCAUUUAAUCAAAUUAAGCCCUAAAUAAUAAUGGGUUUGUUUUUUUUAGAUGAUUUAAUGCGGAAAUGUAAAGCUUAAUACAUGGAAAAAGAUCUUGACUGUGGAGUUUAUGACUUGAGAGGUCAUUCUCAUCUUAUUGGAAGAACUGAUUGCCUCCAUGGAGCUCAUUCAGGACAGAAACUGUGAUCCUCUUAUCUUAAGUGUUAUCUCUGUUAUCUUCAACACCCGACCAAUCUGCUCAACAGGCUCAAACCAGAGGAGUGAACUUCUGGCAGCAGGCAGGGCUGUGAUUCAACUUUUGGGAAGGAAAACUCCUUUGGGAAUAGGGAGGAGGCUGCAAAGGUCCAACGAAGUUGGGGGGGAGUGACUCAGAGGGAGGGGGUGGCGGUGGUUUGGGGAUAUAAACAGCAAGCCACCGCCACCCCCUCAGUUUGAGCAACUUUGUGCCCUGCACAUCCCUCUCAGUCUGUGUCCUCCUCUCUGUGUCCGGCCCGCAGUGAGGGUAGCAGGCUGGAAGUGCGUCCUUCUCCUCCGGUGCAGUCCCGCUGUUGUCCCGCUGCUUGCAAAGCUUGCGACUCUGCUCUGCUGACAUGGCACCUGUCCUCCAAAUGUUUGCUGUCAUGCUCGCAUCGGCGUUCCUGCAAACUGCGACAUCGGCCCAUCUCAAUGACACCAUUUUUGCAGUGACUGUAAGCUCUCAGGUGAGAGGAGGGAAACAAGAGACCCUCUGUGCCCAGAUCCAUGACCCCACAGAGCCCGUCUCUCUGAUCAUUGCCCUCAAAAUGGACUCUGGCAGCACCGUCAUCCUGGAGGAGGCUGUCAAACAGGACUUCUACCGCUGCCUAACCUUCCAGGUCCCUACAGUGCGCACCAGAACCGUGGCAACCAUAAAUGUCACUAUUCAGGGUGAGAGCGGCUUGAUGAGCAAGAAGACCAAAAUCCUCAUAGAACCUCCCGCUUUCAUUCAUAUCAUCCAGACUGAUAAGCCUGUCUACAAACCUGGACAGACUGUGCAGUUCCGAAUAGUUUCUAUGGAUGCCAAUUUCAUCCCUGUAGAUCGAGUGUACAAAGUGGUGGAACUCCAGGAUCCCAGUUCAAACCGCAUUGCCCAGUGGUUGGAUAAGUCUGUUGUUGGCGGCAUCCUUGAUCUUUCCCACCCGAUGAUUCCUGAGGCAGUGCAAGGAAGCUACAUGAUCACUGCCACAACAGAUAAAGGAGAGCAAAUAUCCCACAGCUUUGACAUCAAGGAAUACGUUUUGCCAAAGUACGAGGUAAAGGUCCACCUGCCCAGUGUGAUUACCAUCCUGGACCAGGAGGCAACAGUAAAGAUUUGUGGAAAGUACACCUAUGGGAAACCAGUUGUUGGCUCGGUCAAGGCUGUGUUUUGUAGAAAUGCCAUUCGGUAUUACUGGUAUACAUCUGUCCAAAAAAGUGACCUCUGCACAACAUAUGAAAUGACAACGGAUAAAAGUGGUUGCGCUACACAAACUGUGAACAUGACAGAGUUUUCCCUCAACAAGAGCGUAUACGACGACAAUUUUGAGGUGGAUGCUGAAAUGGAGGAGUACGGCACGGGGGUGAUUCUGAAAGGCAGCGGGCGGACCACCUUCAGCAGCCACAUCAGAACUGUCACUUUUGAGGAUGCACCUGCAGCGUAUAAGCCUGGCAUCCCAUUCGAGGGAAAGGUCAAAGUGAUUGGUCCAGACAACAAACCGGUCACCAACGAGCCCGUGUACCUGUUCAUUGGGGACUCACAAAACUUAACUCUCACUACAGACAUGAAAGGCAUGGCUUCAUUUUCUCUUGACACCUCCCUCUGGGAGGACACGGUGCAUCUGAAGGCGAGGUCCAGAAAGAAGGAGGAGAAUGAGCCGUAUGUGGCCAACACACGUAGACCAGAGUACAGGUCGGCCUACCACCAUGUCGCAGCGUUUUACUCCAAGAGCAGUAGUUUCUUAAAGCUUAUGCAGGUCAGCGGAAGGAUCGCCUGUGACAAAGAUGCGACUGUGCGUGCUCAGUACAUCAUCCAGGGGGAGGAGCUAAAGAAAGGACAGGAAGUCCUCGACUUCUUUUACCUGGUGAUUUCCAGAGGUGGAAUUGUGCAGCAUGGUCGUGUCCCAGUGGCUGUUAAAGUGGGAACUGUCAACAAAGGGGAGUUGUCUGUAUCACUCCGUCAAGUGACAAACCUGGCACCAUUCGCCCAGGUGGUAGUUUACACUGUGAUGCCUAGUGGAGAAGCUGUGGCCGACAGUCAGGACUUCCCCAUUCAGCUCUGCCUCAAUAACAAGGUGUCUUUGAAGUUCUCCUCUCUUCAGGAGCUUCCAGCUGAGAAGACCACGCUAAAACUCCAGGCUCACCCAGGCUCCCUGUGCUCUGUCAGAGCCAUCGACCAGAGCGUCCUCCUGCUGCAGUCAGAGCAGGAACUCACAGUUGACUAUGUGUACAGCCAGCUGCCUUUACAGAAGCUGUCAGGAUACUCGUAUGAGGUUGAAGACUUUGAGCCAUAUCCCUGCUUCCGUGUGCCACUGCCAGAGCCUGAACUUGAACCCAAACCAGAAGCUGAGAUUUUGGACAACGUAGAGCCAACUGGACGAACAAAGCGCUCAGUUUACUAUGGACCGCCCAGUCAGAAGAACGAUGUCUACAGCAUCUUCAAAGAAAUUGGAAUCAAGAUUGUGACUAACUCUGAUGUGAAAAAACCUUAUAACUGCCAUGAAAGGAUUAUGUAUGAGAUGCUUUACUAUGAUGUUGCAGAUACAGAAGCUGAUGCUUUAACUGAGUCUUUAAGUGAGGAGGCGGGGGCGGCGCCUCUAUCUGUUGAAGAGAAAAGUGGGAAGACCAAGGAGACUGUUAGAACGUUCUUCCCUGAGACCUGGAUCUGGGAGCUGGUUUCUGUUGGAGACAGUGGGUCAGUGAAUGUAGAGAAGACGGUCCCAGACACCAUCACUAAGUGGGCCGCUGGAGCUUUCUGUGUCUCCUCCGCGGGCUUCGGCGUGUCACCCAACACCGGGCUGACUGCCUUCCAGCCGUUCUUUGUCAGUCUCACGUUGCCCUACUCCGUCAUUCGGGGGGAGGUGUUUACACUCAAAGCGACUGUCUUCAACUAUCUCUCCAAAUGCAUUAUGGUGAAGGUAACACUGGCUCAGUCAGACCAGUAUACCUACAGGAGCUGUGAUGGCUGCCAGUACAGUGUGUGUCUGUGUGGAGAGGAGAGCAGGACCUUCUCCUGGAUUGUCACUCCGACCGCACUUGGUGAGGUGAAUCUGAAGGUCAGCGCCGAGGCCCUGAAGACUGACCAACUGUGUGGAAACGAAGUGGCCACCGUCCCUGACAUGGGCCGUAUCGACACAGUGGUCCGCACCCUGCUGGUGCAGCCUGAGGGAACACCACAGUCAGUCAGUCACAACGCUCUCCUCUGUCCUGCAGAGGGGCCAGUGGAAAAGAAAAUCCCUCUUCUGAUGCCUGAGAUGUUUGUUGCUGGAUCUGCCAGGGCCUCUGUCUCUGUACUGGGUGACCUGAUGGGCCGGGCCAUGAAGAACCUGGACAGGCUCCUGGCCAUGCCAUACGGCUGCGGGGAGCAGAACAUGGUGCUCUUUGCUCCAAACAUUUUCAUUCUCAACUACCUGAAAAGCACAGGUCAGCUGACCACGGAGAUUCAGGACAAGGCAACACGUUUCCUGGAGAGUGGAUAUCAGCGAGAGCUCACCUACAAGCAUGAUGACGGUUCCUACAGCGCCUUUGGGAAGAGUGAUGACUCUGGAAACACCUGGCUGACCUCUUUUGUGAUGAAGUCCUUUGGCGGGGCCAGACCAUACAUCUUUGUGAAUGCCCAGCACAUUAAAGACGCCAGGAGGUGGCUGUCCAAACACCAGCGGCCUGACGGCUGCAUCAGAUCUGUGGGGAAACUCUUCCACAACGGCAUGAAGGGAGGAGUGAGUGACGAUGUGUCCCUGACAGCCUACAUCACCGCCGCCCUGCUGGAGCUGGACGCCAACACCACGGACCCCGUCGUCCAGAGCUGUCUGAGCUGUCUCAAAGCAGCAGUGGAGGGCCAAAUGGACAACCUGUACACCACAGCCCUGCUGUCCUACACCUUCACUCUGGCUGGAGACCAGGAGAUGAGGAGCAAACUGAUCACCUAUAUGCACCAGCAGUCCAACACACAAGGGGGCACCCGUCACUGGGACAGAGCAGGGGCUUCUCAGAAAGGCCUGGACUCUCUGGAGGUGGAGAUGACCUCCUACAUGCUGCUGGCUCUGCUCUCCGGUCCGGCCCUGCCAGAAUUUGGUUUGGACUACUCCUCUGGCAUCGUCCGCUGGCUUGCUCAGCAGCAGAACCCUUACGGCGGCUUCUCUUCCACUCAGGACACCGUGGUGGCCCUCCAGGCGCUGGCUAAGUACGGAGCCGCCACCUACAGCGAGGAGGGCAGCACUAUGGUGACGGUGACGUCGUUAGGAGGCCUGAACAAAGAGUUCAAGGUGGAUCAGAGCAACAGGCUGCUGUACCAGGAGGAGAAGCUGAGCGACGUCCCUGGAGAGUACACCAUCACAGCCCAGGGACAGAGCUGUGUGCUGGCUCAGAUCUCCAUGCAUUACAACGUCCCUCCUCCCCCCGACUACUCUGCCUUCAACAUUUCAACUAACACCAUGGCCAAGUGCAACAUCAGCAGGCCGCAGCUCAUCCUCUUUGUGCACGUCAGGUACCAGGGCAGGAGAGAGGAAACUAACAUGGUCAUCAUCAACAUCAAACUGCUGUCGGGAUACAUCCUGGAUAAGAGCUCACUGAAGCUGCUGAAGAGCGACCGCUCAGUGAAGCGCGUGGACUUGGAGGAGGGAUUCAUCAACAUCUACUUAGACGGGCUGAAGAAAGAUGAAGAAAAGAUAUACAGUGUGACAGUAGAGGAGGACGUGCAGGUCAGGAACCUGAAACCCGCUGUGGUCAAAGUGUAUGAUUACUACCAAACAAGUGAUGAGGCGGUCACUGACUACACCUCCCCCUGUGCAGAGAGUGACAGCGUCAACGAGCUGUAAAAUCCUCUUUGAAAUCCUGCAAAGCCCCGAAUGACUGGACUUCUUUCAGGUUCACACUUGGAAGAAUCGCUGUGUCAAAGAAAGAAACAUCCUGAUGUUUAUUUUUUUUCUUAGACUGUUUCUUAGAUUUGUCUUUUUUUUUUUUUUUUUUUUUUUUUUACUCCUUUUACUCUUUUUUUUUUUAGUUGUUAUAAUGUGAGUGAAUCCCACUUUUUGUGUAAUUUUUAGUUUCUUUUUUUUUUUUUGCUUUUGAUUGUUUUAUUGUUGCUGUUACAUGGUAGGCUCGUCCUCGCCCUCCUAAAUGAGUGUCAGUAAUGAACCAAUAAUCAGUCAUUAUUCACUUUUUACUGCUGCCUCUCUCUCAACACUGGAACCUUCAUUCUUUUAACCCGCUGAGUUCAAGAAACACAGACGAUACUCUGUAACAGUUCUGUUUUUAAUAGAUUUGACAAAAUCCAUAUUAUUCAUAUUCAUGAAGGUGACGCAUGAGACAUACAGGGUACCAAUAACACAGUAUGGUCUGAGUAUUCAUUGUGAGUGAGUGAGUGUGUGUGUGUGUGUGUGUGUGAAACAGGAUCUAUUUUCUAGAAAAACAAGUCUCACGAGUGCUAGGUGAAUUAUUCUGUGUGUGUGUGUGUUGUGUGUGUGUGCAGAUGUGUGUGUUCUGCUGUACCAGUAAAAAAAAGAAAAGGUAGAUUGAUACAUCACUACCAUACCAUUUGAAAUGUAACUGACAAUAAAUUUUCUAAAAUGACAAAAAUAAGUAAAAACUGUACUUCUUUUCAUACAAUACUGUUUCAUUUCAAUAGUAUUUUUUCAUUCAGGCAUCCUCUUUACAGUAUAUUUAGUUUCCUUUCUUUUUCAACAUAGAUAACAGUAAUGUAUAUACCAUCUACUAUCAACAGACAUGAUUUAACAGCCUUGCCAGUGUUGAAUAGUUUGGUUUGCACACAUUAAAUGUGCAGGGAGAGUAAAGGCAAGGAGGACAUAAUAUAUUAAGGUCUUUUCACUAGUCUUCUACUACUUCUUCUUUUUUUUCUCUAUUUUUUUUUUUUUUUUUUUU